AAAAAAUAAAUGUCAAGUCAAUUCAAACUUCACUAGUGACACUUGUUGACAGCGUCAUUGUCAAACAAAACAUUAAAAAAAACUUUCCCAAAAAUUUUGUAAAAAUAACAUCAUAAAAAAAGAGUUUUUUAAUCAACAUCGGUCCAUAAUUGAACAGUUUAAUUAGUCUACAAGGGCCUAGUGUUUUUUCUAAAGCAGUUCCAAGCCGUUUCAUUGAUCGGCCCUAACCUUACAUGACCUGUCAUUCAAAGUGUUAUUAAAAUAAGCUUAUUAUCUUAUUAUGAUCUAGCACCUAUUUCUAUGCUUUAUUGCUGAGAAGUCCUUUAUUAUAGUUGUUUACUUAAGCUGUUCUAGCAUGUAUGAAAUCGAAAUCAGUCUUUCCUAUUGAGGUAACCUUAAGAUGUUCAAUUCAGGGAUUAAAGGAAAUCAAAGGUGUAAUGGUACAUAUUCUUCACCCUCCCAAGAUAUAUCAGUAGUCAGCAAAGUAGCAAACAAUACAAAACAUUACAACAACACUACAUUUAAGUUAUUUAAUAAUAAGCUAGAAAAUAAGGAUGUGUAUAGAAAAACUAAUACUAACAAACCGGUGGACCGUCAACUUAAUAGAAAUAAAACUACAAAUUCAGUCACAAACAAAGCAAAAACAUUCAAUGGAAAUAGUGUUGUUGGGAGUAAGGUGAUAAAACCGGAGGAUGCUUAUGAUUUCGAGGACAAAAUAGCCAUUCACAGUAUUAUAGGCUUACAAGAUUCAAAUACGCACAAGACUCCGUUAGUUGAAGAACAAAAACCAAAAAAGGAAAACAUAAAGGCCACACAUCACGAAACAUUGGAAAGGAUAGAAUGCGAAAUUGAUGCGCCCAAUUAUUAUCAGCAACAUUGGUUUAGUCCUAGUUUAGAGCAAUUCAAAUUGGAAGACAGAUCUCGAGAAGAACGAAUCGAAAUAACCAGGCACGAGUUAUGGCGCAGGCUACAGCAACUGAACCAUAUUGGCAAACCGAACCGGGUUCCGCACUGGAUCACGAGACGGAAAAAAAACCCAACCGUUGGCAGACCAGACGGUAGCAGUACCGCUCUUAUAGUACCAAAACUGUGCGAGGUGAAUGAAUGUGGGAGACCCUCCAUUCAUGGUUCAAAGUAUUGCGCGAUGCACAUCAUGUAUGACAGUAGGCAAAUUUUGUUCGAAUAUUGCACGGCAAAGUUUGCGGAUAAUACUCAAUGCUCAGUACCAGUGUUUGACAUAUCUCACGACCUGCCAUUGUGUGCCGUACAUGCAAGAAAGAGGGAUAACUAUAGACUGUACCAGGAAGCCAAACCAAAGAGAGUUAAGAAAAAAGUGAAGCCGUCGGCGAUGAUCAGGCCACAAAAACGGAACAAAAAGAAAAAGAAAUCGCCGGUUCGAUCGAAACAAAUCGAAACUAUCACAAAUCCUAGUGCAAUAAUUGGGGAGAUUAUACCAGCGGCGCCUUGUAAUGGGUUGGUAACAGAAGUUGUAGAAGCUCCAGUGGUACUUGAAGAGGAUCUUCAAAUGGUCGAUCAAGUGUUGGCACUAAACGAAAACGGUUUAGAGCAAGCGCUAGCCAAUCAGGCACAUUUGCUAGAAGAAACUGACCUCACAAAUGUAUUCAGUACAAUACAAGUUGAUGAGUUUAGCGAUUUCUUUGCAGUCAACCGGAAUGGGGAAUAUGAACCAUCAAGAGAAGAAGCUGAAGAAUUGGAAAAAGCUUUAGCUGCUGUAGAUAAUGAUGUCAAAUCUUUGGAAAAAUUGAGUCAGACCCAUGGACUGUUGGAUUCUUUUCUAGAUGAGCACGCCCUAUCAGAUUCUUUGGUCCAAAUACCGGAGUUGAUAUUUCACAACGGAUACGCGGCAUGCGGUGACAACAUUGUGACACAGAACAGUUCCUAUCUGUUACCAGUCGAGCCCCAUUCACAUUCAUAAGUGAUAUGGUUAAAAAUGAGCCCUCAAGAAAUCGCCCCCUAGUUUAGUAAGUCAGUUCAAAUUAAGGUAUAGAAACGAGUUGCUUAGCUGUUUUAAAAUUAUGUUUCAAUGGUGGAAAAACUACACUUUUCAAAAACAAUAUUAGAAUUAAAUAAAUUGUUAAAUGGUUUAUUUUUAAAAAAUACAGGGAGCAGGUAUUUUUUAGAAUGAAUUAUUUUUGUGAAAAAAAAAGACUUUACUUAGUUAAUAAGGCUUUUUGAAAAGUUGAUUAAAUAUACAUAAGUACUUUAUUUUUGUACAUAAGGAUGCUUACUUUUUUUCCAUUUUUAUUUAUAAUGUCUUGCGAAUUGUUUAUAUUUUUGUAAAUAAACUCUAGAAAAGCUAUCAGACUUUUUUUUUUAUUUUUUAUAAAUGACCAACGAUUCAUUUAAAAAAAUACCUGUUGUUAAUCUCUUUUAUUAACUUUCUUGAGACUGUAAUUGGUUUAUUAACUUGAAAUAUUUUUUGGAAUACUUUUUUGAGGUUUUUAGCUGUUUUACUGUAGAUGUGAGUGAGUGUGCGUACUUUUUUUUUUACCAUUUUAUUAGUGUCUGUAAUCAAAAGUGGUGUAGAAGAUUUGGGUAGCAUUCCCUAAUGGAACAAAUUUGUAAAGGUUUCCUUCUAUUAAUUCAAACACAUUUCACGAAAUUAAUCCUAUUUUCCCAAAUUUUUCAUCUAUUACAGAGAUCAAGCACAACAAAAACAAAAUGUAUUCCAUUAAGAAGGACUGCAAAGAAAGUCUCUUCUCCAUUACUUUUUUGUCAGAAUUAUCUGAUUUUAUGGCAAUUUUAAAACAAUAAGUAGUAAGUACGACUUUUUAUUGUUCCAAACCAGUGAUACACUUUAUUUUUAUGUGUUUAAAUUACAAUACGCUUACAAUUUUAAUAGAUAGGUAGGUAUGUAUAUAAAAAAAAAAAUCCCAUGACAUUUUCUCUAGAAACUUAUCAUAGUGAGUGGCAGGAUAAUUUUAUAUUUAAAGUCGCUGCAAGGUGAUUCAUGCAAAAAAUAUAAAAAAUUAAAAAAAAAACACAAGACAAUAGAAAACUCAAGAUUUUGCUCUUCCUCACAAAAAGAAGUCCACGAAGGUCAAAUCUGGAAUUCUUGCAGAUGGUUUCAUCUUCUUUAUUAUGUGAAAAGUUACAAAAUGUCAUCCAUUAUUAUUUUUUCGAUUGACUUUUGUGUGAUUCCCAGAGCAUCAUAUUAGUAAUUCAUGAUGGUCCAUUUUCCAUUCAGUAUCAUCUCAUAAAUCAAGUACAUAUGUUUAGUUAAAAUUUUUGUUGCUUAGUAAAAAGACUGAUUAGAUUUUAACGUUUAUAUAAAGGUGUAUAUAUAUUAUUGUUUUUUUUUAGGGUGAAUUAGUACCAAUUACAGUCUUUAUAAAUGUGAAAUUUUGUUUUAAGCAAUUUGCUACUUAACUUUCACUAAUCGAAUUUUUAGGAAAAAAAAAUGCAAAUAACACUGUCUUAGAUAUAAAUUUUGGUAUAGUGUUGUCAACAAUGUUAACCUUGCUCAGGAAAUUUUGGUGUAUAGUAACACUUAAGUAGUCGUUUUAAAUAUGAAAAUUUGUUUGAAAUCUAAUACAAAAGACAAAAAUGAAAUUCUAACAAUUUGUUUUUAUAGGAACCAUCUUUGUCUUUGAAAACACCCAAAAAAAAAAAUCUGCUUUUAAAUAACCAUAUUCCGUAUUCUGUAUAUAAGUACUAAUGUUAUUUUCUUUUAGCCCCCCUCGCACCAUUUAUACCAGUGUAUGUAGGACUUUGUAUGUAACAUUUUUAAUGAAAGUAUUUAUUUUUGUAUUUAGUUUAGUGCUUAAUUUUUAGGGCCAGGAAAGCGGUUAAUUAUCGUUAUGUAAUUUUAAUUUUCUCAGAGCGGGAUCGAUUCCAAGAUUUGCAUUACAAAUUUUGAAAAAAAAAAGAACACAAAACAAAUAUGAAUCAUUGAAGUCAUCACUAAUUUUAUAAAUUUUGAAACUUCCUUUUGAACUUGUUACAUCUGAGCCAUCGUUCUUCUAGUAAGUCUUUAUUACUUACGUUUUCAAUCCUUUUACAAAAUUGAAAUUAUCAAAACAAUUUGUAGCCCAUACAUCUAGGUACUCAGAUAACAUUAUUUUCAAUAUUACAUUAUAAAUCGUUAUUUUUUAAUAUGAACACACUCCUUGGGCUCUAUCUACAAAUCUUUAGGUUUCUAGAUACAGCAUUUAUUUUUUAAUAAUUUGGUCGUCAAAAACAUAAUUUUAACCUGUUCUGAUAUGAAUCAGAAAUUGGUUUCUUUGAUUUUGUGAAUUGUUAAAUUUCUGAAAUAUCUCAUUUCUGAUUGCCUAAUUAGAACUUGAAGCAAUUAUUGAACAAAUUUGUAAAAUUUUCCUAAUUUAAAUAUUGUUUUUUUUUUUAUAAAUAAUGUAUAUAGACAAUUUGGUGUAUAGUUUUUCUUUUUGUAACAACAUGUGCAGAAAAUAAAUUGAAGUAGCUAAUAUAACAGUUUUAUACCCCCCUUAUAAAAUUUUUAUAAUUUGAAAUUUUUGAAGUUUUUUUUACAUAAUAUAUUUUUUUACGUGUACCAAAAAAUAAAGAACAAAUUUUUAAUCUGCAUGAUGCUUAUUGUAAAUUAUUGUCAUUAGAUUUUUUUUUUUCUGAAAAAAACCCAAAUUAUGAAUGUAAUACAAAAUUUUAGUAUUGUGA